CACACCAAUAAGCUUUUUUGUCCUCAUGCAGAAAAAAUCUCCAUUAUAUAAAAUAGUUACUGUUACCAGCAGCUAGCAUAGUCCCAAGUCCAAAGUCUCUUCUAUUCCUCAACUUGAUAUUGUGAAAGACAUUAGCUAAAAGAGUUGAAGAUCAGAAUUUUUAAGAGGAGAUGGAGAUCACUAACGUUAACGAGUAUGAAGCCAUCGCUAAGGAGAAAUUACCAAAGAUGGUGUAUGAUUACUAUGCUUCUGGUGCAGAAGACCAGUGGACUCUUCAAGAGAACAGAAACGCUUUCUCUCGAAUCUUGUUUCGGCCUCGGAUUUUGCUUGAUGUAAGCAAGAUUGAUAUGACUACUACUGUCCUGGGAUUCAAAAUAUCUAUGCCGAUCAUGGUUGCUCCAACUGCUAUGCAGAAGAUGGCUCAUCCCGAGGGUGAGUAUGCUACGGCUAGAGCUGCUUCCGCCGCCGGAACUAUCAUGACACUAUCUUCAUGGGCGACAUCUAGCGUUGAAGAGGUUGCUUCGACAGGACCUGGAAUCCGCUUUUUCCAGCUCUACGUCUACAAGGACAGGAACGUGGUGGCUCAGCUCGUGAGAAGAGCAGAGAGAGCUGGUUUCAAAGCAAUCGCCCUCACUGUCGAUACACCGAGGCUUGGUCGCAGAGAAUCUGAUAUCAAGAAUAGGUUUACAUUGCCACCUUACUUGACCUUGAAGAAUUUUGAAGGCCUUGACCUCGGCAAGAUGGAUGAGGCAAAUGACUCAGGACUAGCAUCCUACGUGGCUGGACAAAUUGAUCGUACCUUGAGCUGGAAGGAUGUGCAGUGGCUUCAGACAAUCACAAAGCUGCCUAUUCUGGUGAAAGGUGUGCUCACAGCUGAGGAUGCAAGGAUGGCAGUACAAGCAGGAGCAGCCGGUAUCAUCGUGUCCAACCAUGGUGCUCGCCAGCUCGACUACGUACCAGCCACAAUCAUAGCCCUAGAAGAGGUUGUUAAAGCAGCUCAGGGAAAGAUUCCAGUGUUCUUAGACGGUGGGAUUCGCCGUGGGACUGAUGUCUUCAAAGCUCUCGCCCUGGGAGCCUCGGGCAUAUUUAUCGGACGGCCGGUGGUGUUCUCGUUGGCGGCGGAAGGAGAAGCCGGAGUGAGGAAAGUGCUACAGAUGAUGAGAGAAGAAUUCGAACUCACAAUGGCACUAAGUGGGUGCACUAGUUUAAAAGAGAUCACACGUAACCACAUUGUCACUGAUUGGGAUGCUCCUCAGGCACGAUUAGUCCCAAAGUUGUAGAUAAAACAUUUAUGUACUUAAUUAUUGUCUCCUUCGUCGUCUAUCCUUUGAUUUUUGUAUUUAAUGAUAUAUCGCGUUUCAUCAAAAGUCUUAUUCUAUCA